GAGUGCGUUAUCGUGGGUCACCGUUCAUCAUAGAGUCAUUUACGGGAUAUGAGUCAUUCUCGGUCCAUAGAAUCGACCCCCUCCCAAUAGAAGACCCCCUUUGAACAGCCGGUAAUUUUCACUCUCCCUCGCAACACCGGAACGGAAGGCGACAAUGACUGGGAUCCAAGUGGAACUGCAGCCUGCACACGGCUUCGUGCCGCUGCUCGUGGUGCUCCUGCUGUUUGUAAACCUUUGGGCUGGGAUCAAGGUUGGUAAAGCCCGCAAGCUCUACGGCAUCGAAUACCCGCAGAUGUACGCGGAGCAGAGCGACAAGAACGCCAAAGCCUUCAAUUGCGUGCAGCGCGGCCACCAGAACAUCAUGGAGAAUAUCCCGAUCUUCCUCGCGCUGGUCUUUACGUCAUCGAUUUAUCGCCCUCAGAUCGCUGCGAUUGCUAGCUUCGUGCGCAUUCUCGGUUUUAUCAUGUACAUGCGCGGCUAUUCGUCGGGGGACCCGAAAAAGAGACUGCAGGGUUCAUUUGGCUACCUCGGUCUGCUUGUGAGCCUUAUCUUGAGUGUUGAGGCGAGUCUGCGCAUUCUUGGACUACUGUAAGGUUGUCACUGGCAUAUUUGGUCGACGAAUCUCUCAACAGUCCAGUGAACAAGCUGGUGAGGGAGUGGAAAUGCUAAACGAGAACGCUAAGCGAUAAUUUGUUGAAACAUUGACAUUCUCCAUUUUACAUGGAGAGCAUGAUAACAUCA